AUGGCUCUCCGUCACCGAGAUGUCGAGGUGAAUUACGACUCCAAUAAUCUGGAUGAGAAAGUCGAUGACUCGCAAGACAUCCGUGUCGAGCGCUCCGAAAGUCUUGUCAGUCUGCCAGAUCCUGAUGCCGGGAAGUCCGAUGUUGAGAGGGCCAAAAUCGUUACGUUUAUUCCAUUCCUCGAUCGUGCAUUGAUGUGGAAAGUCGAUCGAUGGCUGAUUCCGUGGCUCUGCUUGCUCUACUUGUUGUCUUUCUUGGAUCGCACGAACAUCGGCAAUGCAAGAUUGGCGGGUAUGGAAAAGAACUUAAGUAUGUCGGGUCAUGACUACAAUAAUUCCUUGACGAUCUUUUUUAUCAGCUAUGCCCUGGCCGAGCCGAUAACCAACGUCUUGCUCAAACGGUUGACGCCAAGAAUCUUCUUUACAGCCAUCAUCAUUUCAUGGGGUCUUAUCAUGACACUAAUGGGUCUCGUGCAGAACUAUGCGGGUCUUCUGGCUUGCAGAUGGUUUCUUGGUCUUGCAGAAGCCGGCCUCUUCCCGGGGGUGAACUACUAUCUUUCAUGUUGGUAUAAGAGAAGUGAACUCGGUCUACGGGCGGCAACAUUCUUCUCCGCAGCCGCAUUGGCGGGUUCGUUCGGCGGGCUGCUCGCUGCGGCCAUUGCGCAAAUGGAUGGAAUCGGCGGCAAACCCGGUUGGGCGUGGAUUUUCAUCAUCGAGGGUCUGGCCACCAUGUUUGUGGGUGCCUUUUGCUGGUGGAUGGUCUUCGACUGGCCUGAUACAGCCCGGUUCCUAACCCCAGAGGAGCGAAUGCGCAUUCGACGUCGCCUGGCCGAGGACAAACAAAGCAGUACUGCGGAAGAAUACGACAAGCGGCACAUCUAUGCCGCUCUCAAGGACUGGAAGACGUGGGGGUACUCUUUUAUUUACAUGGGAUGCCUGUGCCCCCUCUACGCCUUCUCGUUGUUUCUUCCAACAAUCCUCCGUGGCAUGGGAUACACUGGUACCCAUGCGCAAUUACUAUCCGUGCCACCCUAUGCAUGUGCGGCAACGAUGACUAUCUUCAUUGGUUGGUUAGCAGACCGCACGCGCUGGCGAGGAUACUGCAACAUGGCAGUCGUGAGCUGUGCCAUUGUUGGGUUUAUCAUGCUCAUCGCGACCGAUAAACCAAGGAUUCAGUAUGCUGGUACCUUCUUAGGUGCCAUCGGAAUUUAUCCCACCAUCGCAAAUACCCUCUCUUGGGCCUCCAAUAACAUCGAAGGCGUUUACAAGCGCGGUGUGGUGAUCGGCAUCGUCGUCGGCUGGGGAAAUCUGAAUGGCGUUGUCAGCUCUAACAUCUACCUCACGAACGAGGCUCCUCGGUUCUGGACUGGACACGGCACAGUCCUUGCAUAUCUGAUAGUAUGCCUGCUAGGUGGCACCAUCUUCAUGCACGUCAUGUUGAGACUUGAAAAUGCGAGACGGAGGAGCGGCAAGCGUGAUAGGAUGCACGAAGGAAUGACGAGAGAACAAAUUUGGGUCGCUGGUGACAAUAGACCUGACUUCCUCUAUGUUACCUAA